CGGUCACUACUGAGCCAGUACCUUGCUAUCUCUUCCGGAUAUCGCAAUACAUUUUAAUCCGAUCUCUUCAAUACUUUUUUCGCAUUUCAUUGGUACCGCAUUUAUUUUCAAACAUUAUUGAAGAUAUUUAUAAAAUGGCAGCUGGGGGAGGAUUCAGGUUAAAAGCUUAUUCUGCUUCGCGUUGAUGAUGCUGGGUGUUCAUGUUGUGCUGGGCUGAAGGGAACAUGAACAGAUGCUAAUGAAUUAGAGACCACAUUACACAUUUGUGAAAUACCUGAACAAGAUAAAUCUGAACAUAGUCAGUAGCCUAUAUGCGACAAUGCACAGGCGUUUGUGGUGACAGUCCAAUUCAAGCCAACAAAAGCCAUUUCCUUCUCUGACUAUGCAAGAGCUAUAUCUGUAAACAAUUGACCUAGCUGUAGCCUACAAAUAGGAGUCUAGGAUGCUGCAGGGUCCACAUGUCCUGGGUCAUGACAAGCCUCUGAUCAGACUAUCAUUCACCUCCUGUGUUGUGGGCACCGUCAGUCUGCCACUGCUUGGCUUAAUUACCUGCAUCUUCAUCUCCUCCGUGUUCCAUUUCCAGGACUCCACCGACACACAUUGCAAGGUUACCAAUUAUCUGCCCUCCAUUAGUGCCUCCAUAAGCCUGAGCCCAGAGUGCCAUAUCUGGCGCUUCUGCAUUGGCCUGCACUCUGCUCCCAGGUUCCUGGUGGCCGUGGCCUAUUUUAACUUCUAUAAGGGCCGCUUCUCCACAAGGUUCCUGGAGUGGCUGCUCAGCUGCCUCAACUUCUUGUGUGCCAUCACUGAGAACUUUGGCCUCUUGCUGCUCACCUACGUGUCAUCCAAUGAGACAUACCUUGUCCAUAAAGAAGGUUUUGUCCUGUUCAUUGCCAGUUCUGUUAUCCACAUGGUGUUAACCUGUCGGCUGUGGCUGGUUAUAAAGAAGUACUCACUGAUUCCUGAGGACGUGAAAUCUUUCCACUGGAAAAUCCGCUGCUUGAUCCUCAACAUCGCUUUCUGCUGCUUGGCUGCUUACUUUUACUGGAAACACAACAUGUACUGUGAACAAGGGAGCUACACCUUUUUCGCCCUGUUUGAGUAUUGUGUGGUGUUCUCCAACAUGGCCUUCCACCUAACAGCCUUCUGGGACUUUAAGAGCAGAGAGAUGGUGGUCAUCUCACCAGAGGAGGGUAAAGACUUCUGACUGGGAAACAGAGGGUCAGGUGACAGGUGUUCAACCACUCAGAACACACCUAGCGGAGAUGAUGCUGUUGCAGAGGAGGAGGUGCAGGAAGAGAGCGCCUUCUUCCAUAUAUUUACAUGAUGGCAGAUGUCAUGACUGUAAAUAAUCACUUUAUUUAUCUGGACUGUUCAACCUGAAAGUCAAUCCUACUGUACCAACAUUUUGAUAAUGUUGAUAUUAAUAUACUGUAUGAUAAA